UUAGUUCGCAGUCAGCCAGCUGGCGGUAGCCGACGCCCCUCAUUCAAGUGGUACUAAAGUGAUCUGCGGCGUCAGUCUAAACAUCGGCUGAAAUCUUGACGACAGUGCUCAAGAAGAACGUGCUACUUCGCCAUCGAAGCCACCCGAUCGACUCUUCUCAAUCGGAGGGUCGACAUCCCUUGAUAUCAGUCGAGAAUGGCGGGAGCGCAGAAAGCCAUCAAAGUUGGCAUCAUCGGAGGCAGUGGCCUCGACAACCCGGACAUCCUGGAAGACCGCAAGGAGCAUGCAGUGAGCACGCCAUUCGGAGAGCCCUCUGAUGUUCUUAUAAGUGGGCGGAUUGGCGAAGUCAACUGCGUGCUGUUGGCAAGGCAUGGCCGCAAGCACUCGGUGAUGCCGUCCAAAGUCAACUACCGGGCCAACAUCUGGGCGCUGAAGGAGAUGGGCUGCACCCACGUCAUCGCCACCACCGCCUGUGGCUCCCUGCGCGAGGAAAUGAAGCCGGGUGACAUCGUCAUCCUGGACCAGUUCAUCGACAGGACGACCAAACGGGAGUCGACCUUCUACGACGGUAGCCACAACUCACCAAAGGGUGUCUGCCACAUCUCAGCUGCAAUGCCUUUCCACGAGGGGCUUCGCCAGGUUCUGCUCAAGACUGCGCGAGCCAUAAACAUCCCAUUUCACGGCACGGGCACGGUAGUGACCAUUGAGGGCCCGCGUUUCUCGACUCGCGUCGAGAGCUGCCUCUUCCGCUCCUGGAAUUGCGACGUCAUCAACAUGACCACCGUGCCCGAGGUGGUACUGGCCAAGGAGGCUGGCCUGCUGUAUGCUGCUAUUGCCCUGGUGACGGACUACGACAGCUGGCGGCUUGACGUACAACAUGUGGAUGUAGAAGCUGUGCUAGAGACGAUGCGGCACAACAGCAACGUAGCCAUAAACGUCCUGCGUGCUGUGCUGCCCAAGGUUGCUGCCAUCGACUGGACUGCUGCAAUACAGGAGGCAAAGGAUGAUGUCGCUCAGGCAGUACUUAAACGUGCGCCACUGUUGUGACGAUAGCAGGGCUAAUCGGUACCCUGCUCGAUAAAUAAAGUAGAUUACCUGAGUCAGAGUGCAGUAGGAACCAAUCAAAUGCACCACAGGCAUCUAAGUCCGUCUCCAUGUGCGAGCUUGUCAUUCACGUGUAUCUACAGCAGGUUCAUUUCCGUUAAUUGAUCUCGACGAAAUCGAUAGAAAUG